AUGCGUGCCGACGAAAUCUUCACAGAGAAUGGCGGGCCGAUCCCGCUCCCGCCGAGGUUUGCCCAGAUCAAGCGGAGCCUCGUCGCGGGCAAGGAGUACGCCAUAGUGCAGUCGUGGGAACGUCUAUUAGUUGCCCUCCGCGCUGAGAUUGCGGUGAUCGGCGUCACCAAGUCCGACAUCAUCCCCACUAUUGACUUCUCGGAGCUUCAGGACCACUCCCGUGUGUCCGAGUUCACCGCCAAGCUCCGACGCCGAGGUGGUGCCAUCAUCCGCAACGUUGUGCCAGCCUCGGAAGCCCAUUCUUGGCGAGAGGAGACGGAGACGUACCUCUCGGAAAACCCGCACACCAAAGGCUGGCCGACGCGCGAUCCUCACCUCUUUGGCAUUUACUGGUCCCCGGCGCAGAUCAAGGGUCGUGCUCAUCCAAACGUCCUCGCCGCCCAGCGAUUUUUGAUGGGUCUCUGGCGGUCCCGGGGCCCCAACGUGCCCGUGGUGGUGGAUCACCCCGUGUCAUAUGCCGACCGUCUGAGGAUACGGACCCCGGGAGACGAGGCCUGGCAUCUGAAUGCCCACGUCGAUGGCGGCAGCGUCGAGCGUUGGGAAAGCGAUGGCUAUGGUAACGCUGGAACAUACCAGCGGAUCUGGGACGGACGGUGGGAAGACUACGACCCCUGGGACAGCAGCACCCGCCUCAAGGUCACCUCGGAUCUUUACAACGGCGCGGGCUCAUGCAGUAUGUUCCGCAUGUUUCAAGGCUGGCUCUCCAUGUCCGAUAUCAAUCCAGCCGACGGCACUCUUCUGCUCUGUCCCAUGCUCCAGCUCGCCACGGCCUAUUUUCUGCUCCGCCCCUUUUUCUCCCCACGCAACCCCUCGCCGACCUCGCCGAACUUCCUCGCGCGUGAGAACUGGUCGUUGGACUUCGCCCAGACGAGCAUCAUCCAAGGCGCCGUCCCGUCGUACACCCAGGAACUCAACUCGACGCUCCACCCACAUCUGCAGCUUGACAAAUCCCUUGUGCGUAUCCCCCCCGUUCGGCCUGGCGACUACGUUGUUUGGCACCCGGACAUGGUGUACGGCGUCGACAGAGUACCUGCCUCGUCAACGCCCGCGACGAUAAUGUACAUACCGGCCUGCCCCUUGACACAGACCAACGCGCUUUAUCUCGCCCGCCAGCGGAAGGCUUUCCUUCGUGGCCAGCCGAGUCCGGAUUUCGGAGGCGGGAAGGGCGAGACGACGCAUAUGGGUCGGCCUGGAGUGCAGGAGGUCAGCGAUGCGGGUGGAGAGGACGGGCUUAGGUCCAUGGGCUUGCUACCAUGGGAGGACACAGAGGGGAAAAGUCCGACGCAGAAGGCUUUGGUGGGCAUGGCGAAUGCGAUUUUGUUCCCUGAGAGCUAUGACAUGGUUUAA